AUGGCACGACGCAGCGCAACGACGGCAGCGGCCGGUUCGACAACGGCGACGACCAGCGCAGCCACGACUUUGACAUCGACAACGACGACGACGACAACUACGACGAGUACGGCCACCACGACAACGCCCAAGGCUAACAGCGGGCCGUCGUCAGCGUCUUCAGCGACGACGUGGAAUGCCGUGCUCGCCAAUGUGGUCAACUACUACCAAAAGGACACGCCGCAGCGGACGAAAAUGCUGGAUGCCUUUUUGGCCUUCCUCGUCGUCGUGGGCGGGCUGCAGUUUGUGUACUGCGUCCUGGCGGGCAACUACCCCUUUAACGCCUUCCUGUCCGGCUUCUCCUCGACGGUCGGCCAGUUUGUCCUGACCGUGUCGCUGCGCAUCCAGACAACAGAGGCCAACAAGACGGACUUCCCGUCUGUGUCUCCGGAGAGAGCUUUUGCGGACUACAUUGUGUGCAGCCUGAUACUGCACUUUUUCUGCGUCAACUUUAUCAACUAA